CGUAAAGUUAUGUUGACAGGAGCGGUAGGAGUUGUCAGCGGAACAGCGGCAGCAGCAGCAGCAGCAGCAUCGGAGACGAAUGGAGUAAUCACAAAGAUCUUAUUCCAGACAGCGUCUCUGUUAUUAUUUAGAAACAUUGUUUACACCAUCCAAACAACGACACCAUGGCAGACGACCAGUCCUCUCAAUCCUGGUCAAUCGACAGGGAUGACUACGAUCUCAAUGAGGUGAUAGGGAGCGGGGCCACUGCAGUUGUCCAGGCAGCGUACUGCAAGCCGAGAAAGGAGAAGGUGGCCAUCAAACGCAUCAACCUGGAAAAGUGUCAAACUAGCAUGGACGAGCUCUUGAAAGAGAUCCAGGCCAUGAGCCAGUGCCACCACCCCAACAUCGUGUCUUAUUAUACCUCCUUUGUGGUGAAGGAUGAACUGUGGCUGGUGAUGAAGCUGCUCAGUGGCGGCUCAGUGUUGGACAUCAUCAAGCAUAUCAUCUCUCGUGGCGAGCACAAAACCGGAGUGUUGGACGAGGCCAGCAUCGCCACCAUCCUGAAAGAAGUCUUGGAGGGGCUGGAGUACCUUCACAAAAACGGGCAGAUUCAUCGGGAUCUAAAAGCUGGAAAUAUUCUUCUUGGGGAAGAUGGCUCAGUGCAAAUUGCUGACUUUGGUGUGAGUGCCUUUCUAGCAGCAGGAGGAGACAUGACUAGGAACAAGGUUCGGAAGACAUUUGUGGGGACGCCGUGCUGGAUGGCCCCUGAGGUCAUGGAGCAGGUCCGCGGCUAUGACUUCAAAGCCGACAUCUGGAGUUUCGGGAUAACAGCCAUUGAACUGGCCACUGGGGCUGCACCAUAUCACAAAUACCCACCCAUGAAGGUGCUUAUGCUGACUUUGCAGAACGACCCUCCCUGUCUGGAGACGGGCAUCACAGACAAGGAAAUGGUGAAGAAGUAUGGCAAGUCCUUCAGGAAGAUGCUCUCCCUGUGUUUACAGAAAGAUCCAGAAAAAAGGCCAACUGCAGCCGAGUUGCUGAAGCAUAAAUUCUUCACAAAAGCCAAAAACAACGAGUAUUUGCAGGAGAGGCUCCUACAUAAAGGCCCAACAAUAACGGAGCGAUCCAAAAAGGUGCGUCGUGUCCCCGGCUCGAGCGGACGUCUCCACAAGACGGAGGACGGCGGUUGGGAGUGGAGCGACGAUGAGCUGGACGAGGAGAGCGAGGAGGGCAAAGCUGCUGUGGCAGCUCUGCGGUCACCCAGAGUGAAGGACGGGUCCCAGAAUAUGGAGCUUUUCCCACCAGCAGAUGGCUCCGUGGGACAUCUAAAGCCAUCUGGUGCAGCGCAUGAGAGCCCUGCAAAUGUGGGCCAGACAGGAGAGGAUGCGCCACCACAGGCUCCCAGUCAAACAGCGAGCCCUUCACAUGCACCCACUGCUCAGGAUCCAGCUGCAGCCAAUGCCAGUGUUCCCAUCAGCCUCGUUCUGCGACUGAGGAAUCUCAAGAAGGAACUCAAUGACAUCCGAUUUGAGUUCAUGUCCGGCAGAGAUUCUGCUGAUGGAGUUUCUCAGGAGUUGGUCUCAGCAGGUCUGGUUGAUGGGAGGGACUUAGUCAUUGUUGCUGCCAAUUUGCAAAAGAUUGUUGAUGAUCCUCACAGUAACAAAAAUGUGACUUUUAAAUUGGCAUCUGGCUUGGAGGAGUCUGAAAUUCCUGAUGAUGUUAAACUCAUUGGAUUUGCGCAGCUCAGCAUCAGUUAAGUCAAAUAGAGCCAGCAACAAAGGACAGAAACUAAUGGUAUUGCACAGCUGCAUUGUAGUCAAUUCCAAGAAACCACUACUGCCAAAGAGUGGAGGAGGAGGAUGAUGAAGAGGAGACAUGAAGCUGGCAGGAGUGUGACACGAUUGCAGGAUACAUGAGGACCACAUUGAGAAGGGGCUCAGUUCAUCACAGGAAUCACACUUGAAACGUUUACAGUGCGCUUAUACAGUAAAUGGGAGAAGAGAUGCAAUCAACUAUAUCAACUCCUAAUUUCUUUGUCUUUUUUUUAUUAUUCCUCUUCAUACAUAAGCACAAUCCAAACCAUCUCCUGCCAGUGCUGGAAGUGAUUGCCUUUUUUUUUUGUUAAAUCAACUGUGCCACAAAACUCACUAGAGUGUCGUGCUAGCUUUAUAUGGCACUUUAUGCUACACUGAAAUUUAAAAGUGUAAAUUCAGCCUUAGUUAGUCAACCUAUAGAUCUUACCAGUGCGUUAAGUGAAAAAUUUAGUCUAUCUGUGAUUAUUCGGUGUAUUCUAUGUACACCUAUCCCAGAAAUCUAAGAAAAUCUCCCGUAAAACUGAUACAAAUGACUUAAAAACACACCGUAGCGUAGUUUUAGUUUUGUAAUUUGGUAAAUUCAGAUGGGUUUUUACUCAAGAUAUAAGAAAAUUACCAGAUUCCUGUAUAAGGCAGCCCAAGGCGUGUGGUGUUUUGUCAAAACAUAACCAUAGAGUUUAGGCUCUAACUGCACUGCUGAAAUCAUAUAAAUAUACAUAAAUCAACUGUAACUGCUGUGUCCCAUAACUGCAGUUACAACACUUUGUCAGAUAGCGUUUUCCUGAGGUAUUCAGAGACAGCAUUAUUUUCACAGAUUGAGAUCUGCCUAAUAUUUUUGUACUAUGCAAUAGGUAUUUUCUUUUCACCGUAUGUGACCACUGGUUGCUGAUAAUAUUUCUUUUGAGGUGAAUAAAUCCACUUUUUGUGCUUGUACCUCACUAGGAGUUCAUGAAGUCAGCCAGCCAAACAGGCGGCCUGCAGUGAGAAUUUACUUUCAAUUUUCACAAGCAGUCAUCAAAGUGAAAACUUAACACACCAAGAGACAGACACAGGUAAUAAUUGCUGUUUUCUAUGUCCCCUUGUAAGAGGUCAUUUUGCCUGUUACCCAUUAUUGUUGUAACAGCUGGGAAGAAUCCUGAAUGCUGGCAAUGAGUGUUGAGCCUGGGGCGGCUUGUGUUACAGGCUGACUGCUGAUGAACUUCUGUGGAGGUGUGCACGCUCAAAAACUGAAAAUGUUCUACCAAAUUGAAAUAAAGCUUAAAGGGGCAGUUUAUCCAAAUUGCAAAAAAAAAAAAAUAAUAAAAUAAAAUAAAUAGAUUGGGUCACUUGCCUCUAGUGGUAUUUAGUUAUGCAGAUCGUUUUGGUCUUAUUUGCAGAGGUUUUGAGAUGUUUGUUUCUGAGAUUUCUGCCUCUGCCCCAAUACAAUGGAGGUGAAUUGAAUUUAGUUUGUAGCCAUGCUGCUAGCAUGGCUACAAACUUUAGGAAGACUUUAGGAAUGGCAGUGUCAGACUACUUUGAACCAGACUGAAAUAACUCAAAAACUAUUGUGUUGAUGACCAUGGAAUUUGCUACAUAGAUUCAAGGUCCCUAAAGCAUGAAUCCUACUGACUUUGGUGAUUCCUUGACUUUUCCUCUAGCGCCACCGACAGGUCAAUAUUUCAAUUUGUCCAGUACGUUGGUUUAUGACUGAAUGCCUGCAAAACGAAUAACAUUCCCAUCAGCCUCAGCUGUACUUUGUGUUAAUGCUAAUUAGCAAAUGAUAGCAUGCUAGCACGCUAAGAUGGUGAACAUGGUAAACGUUAUACCUGCUAAACAUUCACAGUAUUGUCAUUCUGAACGUUAGCAUGCAGACACUAGCGUUUAGCUCAAUGCACUGCGGGCUGUAGACUCUUGCUUCAAUGCUGUGAGCACCAUGGACAAGAUUCCAUCUACCCCCAUUGUUUUGAGGGGCAGCAGGAAUCUUGAGACGGGUCUCUCAAAACCUCAACAGAUAAAACUGAAACUGUCUGCAUGUUUGGAUACCACAAGAGGUAAAUCGUUCAUAUGUUGGGUGAAGAGUAACCCUUUAAACUUCUCCAGAAGCCAGUUAUUACUUUAGUUUUUGGUCACUAGACAAGUUGUUUUGACCGUACUCUAGUCUCUUAGCUUUAUAAACACUCACCUACAAAUCACUGUCGACACUCCCAGUGUAGCUGUAUGGUUGUUUUGUACCAUGUGCAAAGGGCUGUAAAAUAGCUCCUAGUCAGGUACUGAUGUAAAUGGUGUAUGUAAAGAUGUUGUAAAUGUACGUAUGAUGGCAACUCCAUGCACUGUCACACAAACAUGAGGUUUGUAUGUAAUGAUGUAGAUGCAUUGACCAUUUAAGUGUACAUGUCAGAUAAAAGGAACAUUUUACUUGUAAAUAUUGAUUAAGGCAAACAGAUUGAGACUCAUCAUGUUCAGUAGACAGUUUAAUUUGUUUUGUAGUGUUUCCCACUGUUUGGCCUUUGUCAGAGCAUCAUUAAUCAUGCACAAAUUAUUUGUUCAAUUGGCACCUUAUUGAUCUGUUAACAUGCGUACUUUUGGAGUUACAUGGGGCUUGUAAUCACACAUUCUGUGCUUUGAUGUCAUGAUAUGGAACUUUUCUCACUGAAACCUGUCCAACGCUAAUGGAUAAAAUGUCAUUUUAAUAAGACAGAUGGCAUGGGUUACA